UCGAAACCAAAUCAAUAUCAAACCAAGGCAACUUUAAGUUCACCGGUACGGUGGUUGGAACCUCCGCCAUCUUUCGAUGAGUCCGAGAAUACCAAAAAACAAUAAUAAUAAUGCAAACCUUUUAAUCAUCACUCUGCUUCCUUCCUCCAUCUUAAUCUCUUCGGAAAUUUCGCACUUCUCUCUCUCUCUCUCUCAUUCUUCUACAUUUCUCAAUGGCUCACCUUCUCCACACUUGCUUUAUUCCUUCCUCCACUCCUCUUCACCGGAAACCCACUCCGCCGCCAUCCUUCGAAAUCUCAGUCAACUGUUGUCGAAUUCAUUCGAAGAUCCGGGAGAUAUUCAUGCCGGCGCUGAGCUCCACCAUGACGGAGGGUAAGAUCGUCUCUUGGAUCAAGUCCGAGGGCGACAAGCUCGCCAAAGGCGACAGUGUCGUCGUCGUCGAGUCUGACAAGGCCGACAUGGACGUUGAGACCUUCUACGACGGUUACCUUGCCGCCAUCAUGGUCGACGAAGGCGGUGUCGCCGCCGUCGGCUCCCCCAUCGCCCUCCUCGCGGAGACGGAGGAUGAUAUCGCCCAGGCCCGGUCCAAAGCCCAGUCUUCUCCGUCUUCCUCACCUCCUGCAGCAGCCGCAUCGGCAACUGAGCCGGAACUGGAGCCUGUUGCAGGUGAUGUGGGCCUGCGGAAGGCUCCGACUCCGGCGACGAUUAUUGCGGGUUCAAGACACCCGGCUUCGGAGGGAGGGAAGAGGAUUGUGGCAUCGCCUUAUGCUAAGAAGCUGGCAAAGGAGUUGAAGGUGGAGUUGGGGAGCAUUGUGGGGAGUGGACCAAUUGGGAGGGUUGUGGCCAAGGAUGUUGAAGCUGCUGCUGCUGAUGUGAGUUCUGGAAAAGGUGUUAAUGAUGCUGCUGCCGUAACAGUGCAAGGGAAGAGUGUGGUGGUUGAAUUGGGGAGUGUGGUUCCUUUUAGUACAAUGCAGGGUGCUGUGAGUAGAAACAUGGUGGAGAGUUUGGCAGUGCCCACUUUCAGAGUUGGAUACACCAUCACCACUGAUGCACUUGAUGCUCUGUACAAGAAGAUCAAGUCGAAGGGAGUUACUAUGACGGCAUUGCUUGCCAAGGCUACAGCACUUGCACUGGUUAAACACCCAGUUAUAAAUUCUAGUUGUAGAGAUGGUAAGAGCUUUACAUAUAAUAGUAACAUAAACAUUGCAGUUGCUGUGGCUAUGGAUGGUGGACUACUUACACCGGUGCUUCAGGAUGCUGAUAAGGUUGAUAUCUAUUCAUUGUCAAGAAAGUGGAAGGAGUUGGUUGAGAAGGCCCGGAGCAAGCAGUUGCAACCUCAUGAAUACAACACAGGUACAGUAAUUGUUUGCAUAUGCUUAGAUUUAUGUGUUAAACAUGCUUGA